UUGCCACACAGCUGGACGCUGAAUGCUGAUGUGUCAUAAAAAACAAUCGCUUGAGCUUGAAACGAACGAACGAACGAACCCCUCACCAGCACAAUCAACGAACCCCCGCAUUCUUGUCUUUCAAACAAAAAACAAAAAAAGAGACCAUGAGCAACCCUACCGCUGACAACAGUGCUCUUAGCAGGACUUUGCAACAGUCACUGCAAGAGGUUUUGAUGGAAGUAUCAGUGGACAGCAACCGCCUUAUGGGUGGUGGCGCCGCUCCAUCUGCUCCUUCUUGGAAUCCUCUCAUCUCGCAAAACCUCAAUCGCUAUUCCUUCAUGGCUCCGGCGGCUAACGCUCCUGCAUCCUCUGCUUCGAGCGCUCUUCAGGCUGCUCUGAACAAUGCAUCUAACACAUCUGCCGCUCCUGCCAGACGCAGUUUCUUUGCCUCGAAUGCCACUGCUGCGGCUCUUGCGGCCCUGAAUGCUCCGGCUCCUACUGCCCCGAACAACACAUCCGCCGCUCCCCUUCGCCCCAGUGAGGCUUUGGGAAUGAGCACUGAAGAGCUCCUUUUCGCUGCUGCCACGGAAAAGCGCAUGUUGGAACAGAACCAACGCGUCACCAUUGCCAGACAGCAAGCCCUCGCCGAGAAGACGUUGGAGAGCCGCCGUCUGUACAACGAGUCCCUGUUGGCUCUCUUCAAGGGCAACGGCGCUCCUCCCGCUGCCAACACCAACCAAGGAUUGGUUGGACUCAUCAAUGGAAGCGCCAACAACGGCCUCCUUCAACAAGGAAUCCUGCAACAGUUCAAGCAGCAGCCGCCUCAAGCUCCAAGGCAUUCCAUGGUGGCCGCCGCUGCUCCUUCUGUCGCUGCUCCCUCUCUGACAUCCGCCACUGUUCCCCCUAUGGCCCACUCGGAGACCAAGACCGCCAUCAAGGUGCUGGGCACCUCGCUCCGCAAGAAAGACUCGCCCUAUUUGGACGUGUCCGGCCUGAAAGAUCCUGAUGUCAGUGACAAGCGAACCCGUGGAGGUGUCACCGAACCCUUCCCCGAAAAGCUUCAUCGAAUGAUCGAAGAAGUCGCGGCCGAAGGCAAGGACGAUGUCAUCUCCUUCUUCUCUCAUGGUCGAGCAUUCGCCGUCCAUGACCCUGAUCGAUUCACUUCCGAAGUGAUGCCCAAGUACUUCAAGCAAUCUCGCCUGAGCUCCUUCCAACGGCAGCUCAACCUCUACGGAUUCACCCGCAUCACCAGUGGACCCGAUGCCGGUGGCUACUACCACGAGUUGUUCUUGAAGGGCCGACCUAGUCUGGCAGUCCACAUGAGACGAGUUGGCUUGCCUCAAGGCGAAGACCGCCGCAAGAUGCGUGCCAAGAACAUGAAGUCGGAGCCAAACUUUUAUGCCAUGGGCAGCGUGAUGGAAGCCAAGGUCAACAUCCCCGGUCUCAUGUGAAAGCGUGAAAGUCAGUUGUGAUGUCAUGUUGUCCCUAAAGGCAACAGGGCGAGCACACUAUAAGGGGAGAGGACCGAUGGAAGAAUAAAACUUGUUUGUUGUGUAUAAGUACCACAUCUAUAUUGAAUGAUAAAGUUGAACGUAGAGAGAAUAACGGAAUAUAAACUAAUUUUGAAUACG